UCGUCUAAUGCAAUGUGCGCUUAAGUAUAAACGCAGCGGGCAGAGAAAGCACAAAUAUCGCAGUCCAAAAUUUGCUCGUUUGUGUAUGCGCGUGUGUGUGUGCUUACGUGCGUGUGUGUAUGUGUCUAUUAGUCAAACUUAGUUUCAUCCGUUUUUGGCACGUUUGGCUGACAAAUUUUAAUUCUGCUGAUUUAUAUUUUGAUUCGAAUCGGGCAUAUUUUAAAUUAAUGUAGUAAAUUUCGGACACACCACAAAAUUAGCUAAAUUUGCUGACCACGCACACCUGCGACAAAAACGUUGGGCAAUGUAUGCGUUAGCAGAGUUUUAUCACUGCGCCGCAUUUGUUUCAUUUAUAGCUUCUUUGUUUGCAUUAAUAGAAAUUUAAGACCGAAAGUGACGCAAAAUCCAAACGCCAAGUGUAAGUGGAAGGCUUUCGCCUCGCGCUAAAAACAACAACAACAACGCCAGCAGCCACAACAUCGAGAAUAAUCAUUGCAAUAACAACAACGAAUCAGCUGUCAAACCGCUUCAAGAUGGCCAUACCGCCACCACCGGGUCCUCCGCCACCGCCAGGACCGCCACCGCCACCGGGCUUGAGCGGCCUCAAGCUGGGUGGUGGAGGUGGAGCGGAUCCACGCUCAGCUCUACUCAACUCCAUACAGAAGGGCACCAAGCUGCGCAAGACGACAACGGUGGACAAGAGUGGGCCAGCGCUGUCGGGGCGUGUCUGUGAUGGCGAUGCUGCAGCUGGAGCCACGAAACGCACCCUCAACAACAACAACAACAACAGCAUGAGCAGCAACAACAACAACAACAACAUGGGCAAUGGAGCACCCAAAUUGGGCGGCCUCUUCGAAGGCCUCUCACAGAUGCCAAAGCUGAAGCCAGUGAACGGUGUUCGUGCUCCAGCGCCAGCAGCGGCAGCGGCAGCGUCGUCGCCAGCGACACGCAGCAAUAGCCCCCCCACAGCCGCAGCAGUCAGCAAUGGACCCAUGGACUUUAAUACGGAGCUCACCAAGCAUUUAACAUUGAAGCGUCAAAAGCAACAACAACAGCAACAACAACAACAACCACAGUCGAGCAACAGCAACAACAGCACACAUAUCAAUGCAACCGAAGCAAAUCUGAGAACAAAUCGCGGACCACCACCGCAGCCGCCAAAGAACUCCAGCGAAUCCAUAUUGGAACGUAUGAACAUACCUCGGACAGCAGCUGCAACGCCCACAGCGACAUCAUCAACGACGUCGACGUCGGCGUCGGCGUCGGCAUCGUCGUCAGCGUCAGCGAGUGCCAUUGGCAAUGGCAAGGUAAAAGCCGCAUCGCCCACGCUCUCGGAGAGCGGCAGCAACAGCAGCGGCAGCGUGAAGAGCAAAGCGGCUAAUCUUAGUAUCUCGUUAGGCAAUAGUUUUGUAAAUAGUUCAAUUACAAAAACAACAACAACAAGCGCAACAACAACCGCCGCAACAGCAACAAACUCAAAUCGAACAACGGCGUCAACAACGGGAACGGGAGCGGGAGCAGGAGGCGGAGGCCUGCGCAAUUUGGCGCCAAAUAAGUCGGCGCUGUUCGGUGGUGCUUGUGGCACCGGUAGUUUUGUUAGCAAUAGUGGUGUUGGUGGUGAUGUUAGUAAUAAUUCGCCAGCGUCCACGCCCACACCACCCAUAGCGCAACAGCAACAGAAGCCAGCAAUUGGCUUUGGCAAGCCAAAUUUUGCGCCAAAGCCGCCGGGUUUGCAGCAACUGGCGUUAGCCAAUGGGCAUCAGCGUCCAGCGGUGGCACGACAUCACAGCAUGAAGUCACCCAGAUCUCCACCGGCUGCUGGAGGCAUUAAUGGACCCGUUUUCUCGACGCAACAACAUUUUGGCACAAUGCGCGCACCGCUUCAGCAGACGCUGCUGCUGCAGUUCAGCGAGGGCAUCAGUGGCAGCACCAAUAGCAUAACGGGCAGCAUUCGCACUGCGCCCAAUCCGCCAAAGACACGUCCCUCGGUGAAGCCACCGCCGCCACCGACCCCAUCGCGCAGCAUUUCGAACAGCAAUCUGAGCAGCAUUGCGGCGCCGUUCAGUGCUGUGAAUACGGCGCUGGUGCAGAGUGCGACUAUUACGACGCCGGCGCCAUCACCGCCACCGUUGCAGCAGCCGCCCUCCAGUUCGAGCAGCUGCAGCAGCGUGGCCGCUCUACGCGACCAAUUCCGCGUCAAUGGCAGCGGAACGCCGCCAACUCCGCCCAGCGGCAUCACAGCCAGUCCAAAGUCGUCGACAAUGCGUGAGAAGGUCAAUCCCAUUAUACUCAAUGGUGGGCCCAUCAAUCCGCCAGCACUGCCACCCCAUCGCAGCUGCCCGCCGCCCCCGCCACCGAUGCGACAGUCGAGCAACGGUGGAGCACAGCAACAGCAACAGCAGCAGGCACCAGUGCCGCCCCAACGCCAUUCAUCUAUACGGGCCAAUGCCCCGCUUACGCCGCCCACGCACAUGGCCAAUGCGACGCACAAUUUUGGCAGCAACGGUGGCCUGGCAACCGGAGCAGCAGCUGGAGCCGGAGCUGGAGCUGGAACUGGAGUGGGUGGGAGUGCAUCAGUUGGUCGACUUGUCAUCGAUUUGGAGGCAAAGUUUGGCAAGAGAUUUCAUAAUGUUACCGAGUUCCCGAAACCGCCUCCGUUUCUAAAUAUACAAAAAGUCUAUCCUAGUCGCUCGCUUAAGGCAACCAAUGAAGCCGCUUUGGCGCCCAACAGCAAUAACAGCAACAAUAAUAAUAACAACAACAACAGUACCGCUGCAUGCAACAACAAUGCAAAGCCCACAACGGGACUGAAGCCCGCCUAUGCGCCACUCAAAAAACAUCGCGCUCCCGCACCACCUCCACAGGCAGGCGUUGCCGCUGCUACAGUGUCUGUGAUAAGACAAUCCAGUUUUCUAUAUGGCGGCAAUGGCGCAGCAGGCGGCGGCGUCGGCGUCGGCGUCAGCAGCGCUACAAGUACUGUCAAUGUGCGACCAAAGUCACAGCCGGCGCCCAGUGUGCCGCACAAUUCGACGGUCUAUUAAUUGUAAACAUAACUGUAAAUUUCUAUCCCUGUUUAAGCUUUGUAUAUAUGUAUACCAAUUUGUGUGCGUGUGUAAGUGUAAGCGUGCAAGUCCUUACUGUUGUUAUUGUAUCGAGUUUGUAUAUGCGUGAGUGCAAUUCGGUAUACGUGUGUGUGAAUGUGUGCAAAAGCAAAUGUGACAAGUGUCCCUGUAAAGUGUAUAAAAUAGAAAAAGAACAAUAAUGACAUAAAACAAAUGCAGAUGCACAAAAUUGGUUUUUGUAUGUAUGUAACAGACACAUGCCUGUGUAUGUACACAUUGUAAAUGUGGUCGAAAGAGUAGAUAUGAAAUGAAUUCGUUUUAGAUGGCAACGGUUGAUUUACAAAAUGUACUAAAAAAUGUCACAAGUGUAAAUGUUCAAUUGAAUCAUUUAGCAGCCAACUUAUUGAGCUUAACAGCUGGCUUAAAAAUGUACUAAAAAAUGCAAGCAUUGAAAAUGUUCAAUUGAAUCACGCUUCAAAUUGUAACGGCCUCACUCAGCUCUCUUGCUGUUUAUUUUAAGUUUAAUGUCUUCCCAGGCUAACACACAAAUAUACUUACAUACAUGCAUACAUUUAUAUACAUAUAUACACAUAUUAACUAUAUUUAAUCUGUAUAUAAAACUUAGUGGCAUUUGAAUCUAGACCAAAGUUAGUCAAAUUAUUCAAAAGGCGACACCAGCAAAGAAACCCCAUUAAUAUAUAUAAAUAUAAAUCUAUAUGUAAGUACUAUUCGCAUAUUUACGAGCGUUUUUGUCGCUCUCCCUAUCUAAACUAGACUGAACAAAUUGUUGAACCGAAAUUAAAAUUUUAUUAUUAAAUCACAAAGAAAACACACAAAUGUUAAUGCAAAUGAAAACUGUAGCACAAACCAAAGGUUUUUCCAACGUAAAAUAAAAGGAAAAUUGAAAUG